AUGUCAAAUCCAUUGCAAUUUCAAUGCCGCAUGUAUGAGGCAAAAUACCCUGAGGUUGACGACUUCGUUAUGGUCAACGUUCGAGCAUGUUGUUUUUUAUUUGGUGUCUGUUUAUAUUGGAAAUCUGGACUAUUUAACAUGUCACUUAUAAUGGAUUAUAUCG